GGCAGGAGGACUGGCAAGAGGCCGGGCGGGAGGACUGGCAGAAGGACUGGCAGAAGGACUGGCAGGAGGCCCGACAGGAGGACUGGACGCGGUCAUGGCGGGGCCCCCGGCCUCAGACGGCCCGGGCUCGGCCGAGGCCCCGCUGCAGUACAGCGUCCUGCUGCAGCAGCUGGUCGGUGAGCGGCGGCGGCCGUGGCCCGGGCCCCUGGAACCCGGCGUCCUGGGCGGCAUCCCCAGCCCCGCCAAGAGCGAGGAGCAGAAGAUGAUCGAGGCGGCCAUGGAGAGCUGCGCCUUCAAGGCGGCGCUGGCCUGUGUGGGAGGCUUCGUCCUGGGUGGCGCAUUCGGUGUGUUCACCGCUGGCAUUGACACCAACGUGGGGUUUGAUCCCAAGGACCCCUACCGCACCCCGACUGCCAAAGAAGUCCUUAAAGAUAUGGGCCAGAGAGGAAUGUCCUAUGCCAAGAACUUUGCCCUCGUUGGGGCCAUAUUUUCCUGCACUGAAUGCCUGGUGGAAUCUUACCGGGGGAAAUCAGAUUGGAAAAACAGCGUCAUUAGUGGCUGCAUUACAGGAGGAGCCAUCGGUUUUAGAGCUGGCUUAAAGGCAGGGACCAUUGGAUGCGGAGGCUUUGCUGCAUUUUCAGCCGCAAUUGACUAUUACCUCCGGUGAGAUGGCACCUCUGGACCCCUGUAUCCGAGCCCUCAGGCAGAGACCAGGAGUCCCGUAUGGCUCCCGCGGCACAACGAAGGGGAGAGACUUGAUCCAAGGGGAGAGAUUUGAUCCGUUGGUUUCCCCUCCCUUGGCCCCGGCGGUGCCGGGCGGGAGCACGUCCUGACUGGCCGGCCUUCUGUUUCCUCAAGAGCCAGACUUCUGGGCCCACCCCGCACCCUGGCCGGCCGCCCACACCCGGGAUCACUGAUCUUGCUGGAUCUCACCCAGGGCUUUCAGAGACGGAGCGCUGUCAGACUAUCUCUUAAAGACGGAUCAGGAGCUAGCUCGUUGACUUCUAGGGAUUCGAUACGUCUCAAGUGCGAUGCUUCUGUUUACCACCGUCCUCUGGGUUCACAAGGGCUGUGGUCGGGGUCUCUCUUCUCUUUCCAUUGUGCUAUAGCUCCCGCCUCAGCCCAUCACCACAAGUGGAGCAGGAGUAGAUUUGUUCCAUUUGGGCCAUCUAGGGUUCAAGGUGCCAUUUGCCUUUCUGGCCACUUGUGUACAACCUUAACGUAUGUAUUUAAAUAGAAAUAAAGAAAUAGGUUUGGAAUAAAAA